AUGGAGUGCAUCGCCGAGAUGCCCCGCGCGCCGCUGGACAGCCGCCCGCGCAAGCGGCCGCGGCUCGGGUGGGACGUCGGCCCCGCCGAGAUGUACCAGGUUACGCGGCCGCGGCUCGGGUGGGACGUCGGCCCCGCCGAGAUGUAUCAGUUAGGACUUUGUGGACAAGAAGUUGUGAAUGCUCUCAGCGCUGCAGCGUUGGGCCUCUCUUCAGGCUGUGUUUCUUCUCAAGUCAACCAAGAGCAGCCUCGUGAUGGUUCCCCUCCUCUGAGGGAAGAUGACAAGGAUGGGCAUUAUGUUUUUGCUGUUGGAGAUAACCUCACAUCUCGCUAUAAGAUCAAUGCAAAAAUGGGAGAAGGUACCUUUGGUCAGGUGUUGGAAUGUUGGGAUAAGGAAAGGAAAGAAAUGGUGGCUAUCAAGAUCAUCAGGGGCAUUAAGAAGUACAGGGAUGCCGCAAUGAUUGAAAUUGGCAUGCUUGAGCAGCUUGGUAAAUAUGAUGAAAGUCGAUCCAGUUGUGUUCAAAUUCGGAACUGGUUUGACUAUCGUAACCAUAUCUGUAUUGUUUCAUCCCGAUCCCCAAAGGAGGGGUCCUAUUACAAACGGUUGCCCAAGUCUAGUGCUAUCAAGGUAAUUGAUUUUGGUAGCACUACCUACGAUCAGCAGGAUCAGAGUUAUGUGGUAUCGACGAGGCACUAUCGGGCUCCAGAAGUUAUAUUGGGACUUGGAUGGAGUUACCCAUGUGAUAUCUGGAGUGUUGGUUGUAUUCUUGUUGAGCUUUGCACGGGUGAGGCGUUAUUCCAGACUCAUGAAAACUUGGAACAUCUGGCUAUGAUGGAGAGGGUUCUUGGACCUUUGCCGUACCAUAUGCUUAAGAGGGCAGAUCGGCACUCUGACAAAUACAUCAGAAAAGGACGCCUGAAUUGGCCUGAGGGUUGCACUUCAUGGGAGAGCAUGAAAGCUGUGAUGAAAUUGUCCAGGCUUCAGAAUCUGGUGAUGCAAAAUGUGGAUCAGGCUGCAGGAGAUUUAAUUGACCUUCUGCAAGUGCUGCUGAAGUAUGAUCCAGCAGACCGUUUAACAGCACAAGAGGCAUUGAGGCAUCCCUUCUUCACCGAAGGGUUUGGGCGAAGAUGA